CCCGUCUCCCUCCGCGCUAUAUAAGGCGCCGACGGCGGCGGGGCUCCCGACUCCGCAGUGUGUGAGGGGGCGAGGCUGGGCUGGCGCUGCAGCUACCUGAGCGGCCUCUCCCCCGCGUCUAGCCAGGGCCUACGCCGCCGAGCGGAGCCACCCGCCGCGUUCUCCUCAGCCCCUCGCCAGGCCGCGCGGCCGGCCCCGGCGGAGCCAUGAGCUCGGGCACCCCCUACAUCGGGAGCAAAAUCAGCCUCAUCUCCAAGGCGCAGAUCCGCUACGAGGGCAUCCUCUACACCAUCGACACCGAGAACUCCACCGUGGCGCUGGCCAAAGUGCGCUCAUUUGGUACUGAAGACCGUCCCACAGACAGACCUGCUCCUCCAAGAGAAGAGAUUUAUGAAUACAUAAUUUUCCGGGGAAGUGACAUCAAAGACAUUACUGUAUGUGAGCCUCCUAAAGCUCAGCAUACUCUGCCUCAGGAUCCUGCCAUUGUCCAAUCUUCACUGGGCUCUACCUCUACAUCAUCCUUCCAGCCACAUGUGCCUUAUAGUCCAUUUAGAGGCAUGCAACACUACAGCCAGCUUGCUGCUAGUUCUUUACUUAGCCAGCAAUAUGCAGCUUCUUUAGGUUUAGAGAAACUGGUAAGCCCUCCAACAUCAGCAGCUGCUUCCAGCCCUAGCUCUUCUCCGUCUCCACAACCUGUUUCAGAGCCUGACAUGUCUUCAGAGCCACAUCAGCUCUCUCCCAAGGGUACUGGCUUCCCAUUGGUUCCCCCAGUUCGCAAAAGCCCCAUGGUGGAGCAGGCUGUUCAGACUGGUCCAGUUGAUAACAUGAAUCAAAAAAAGCCACCCCCAGCAAAAGUAGUUUCCGGGAUCCAGCGCAAUGGAAGGCAGAUUCCACAAAGUAGUAAGACAAAUGAUACAGUUCAGCCACCACCUGUGCAAACUCAAGGCCAGGUGAAUGAUGAAAACAGAAGACCUCAAAGGAGAAGAUCGGGAAACAGGAGAACCAGAACCCGUUCUAGAGGACAAAAUAGACCAGCCACUGUGAAGGAAAACACAAUAAAGUUUGAAGGUGACUUUGAUUUUGAAAGUGCAAAUGCACAGUUCAACAGAGAGGAACUUGAUAAAGAAUUCAAGAAGAAACUGAACUUUAAAGAUGACAAAGCUGAGGCAGGUGAAGAAAAGAGUGAUCCUGGAGUAGCGACUCAGAAUGAUGGCAAUGCAGAUGAAGACCUUCUUGGACCCAAUUGCUAUUAUGAUAAAUCAAAGUCUUUCUUUGACAACAUCUCUUCAGAACUAAAAUCCAGUUCCAGGCGUACAACGUGGGCUGAAGAAAGGAAGCUUAAUACAGAGACAUUUGGCGUAUCUGGCAGGUUUCUUCGUGGACGUAGCUUUCGUGGUGGAUUUCGAGGUGGAAGGGGUAGUGGAGCAGCACGGCGAAACCAAACAACUCACAGAGCUGGUACUGGAAGAGUGUAAUAGAGGCAAGUUUUUUCCUUCCUUCAGUUUGGAUGGCUGCUUCUCUUGCUUCAGUGGGAAUGAAGAUUUCAGCACUUGUCUUCUCCUGGGAGAAACAAUUAGAAGCAGCAGCUGAACUCUUAUUUUCUGUACUGGAUCAAAUAUUACUGUUUCAACAUACAAAUCUAAGGUCUCUCCUUUGUGUUUUCCUGUGAGCUUAGCCGGAAGUGUUCAGCUAUGACAUUUAUUUAUCUUUAUGCAAAUAUCCUGAAGUGGGAACCUCAUGCCAGAUCAAAUUCCUUUGAUUUAAAAAGGAAGGGGAAGUAGCUAAGCUUAGCUAUGAAGGUCCUGGACUGGCUUAUGCUAAACUUAUGUCUUAGCACUAAACACCAUUGGCUCAAAAGAGGGAAUCUACAUGUCAGUCCUAUUCUAAUGUAAAUCUUUCACCUUGUGGUUGGACUAGUGUUAUCAUUUGACAUAUAACAUCUGCUACUGUUGUGUAUUAUAGCACAUGGAUUAUUUUACUUACUAGCUCAUUGCACUCUAUGUGCUUGUGCCCUAGAACAGGGUUUUGCUUAUCUAAAUGCAUAACUUUUACGUCAGGCAGCUGGCCCUAGCUUCCUUGCAUUUUGUAUUAAAAGUAGGCUAGAUGACUUUA